AUGAAUCUUACUGAGGGUCAUCUAAAUACAAAUCAUAGUUCAUUCUCUUUUGCUGUUCAAUCACCAUGGAUAUUUGAAGAUACAUUUCGUAACAAUAUUCUUGUAAAUUGUGGAUUUGAAUCUAUUGGUGAUUUUAUAAUGAUUGGAGAAAAUGAAAUUAUUUUAAGUAGUGGACAAAAAGCAAGAGUAUCCUUUGCUUGUGCCUUGUAUGGUAAUGUAGCCAUUUAUCUACUUGAUGAUCCAUUAUCUGUUGUUGAUCAUAGAGUAGCUCAACAAAUCUAUGAACGAUGCAUUGGUCCAUGUGGAUUGUUAAAAAAUAAAACUCGUCUAUUAACUACUCAUCAAGCUCAGUUUCUUAGUGAAUCAAAUCAAAUAAUAUUUCUUUCUCAUGGUUAUAUUGAUAAGCAAAGCUGUUUGAAUGAAAAUAACAUUAGAGAAAAUUAUGCAAACAAUCAUGAAAAAUCAAAAUUAGCUACUCUGUUUGAUGAUGAUGAUAAAUCGAUGAAUGACAAUCAAUCCAUCAUAGUGGAUGAAAAACUACUAAAUGAUGAUACCAGAGGUCAAGGAUUAAAUGAUGCUGUUAACUAUUGGCUGAGCAUAUGUUUAAAACAAUAUGGCGUAGAUCAGCCAAUUUCAACGAAAUCUGUUUAUAUUUAUUUCGGUUUGCUAACUGCUUUAGUCAUUGCAGAUUUAGUUCGUACAAACUAUUAUUUUCCUGUUGUUUUAAAUGGUUCAAGUAAAUUACAUAAUAAAAUGUUAAAAGGACUUUUAUAUACAUCAAUACAGUUUUUUGAAAGCAAUCCAACUGGAAAAAUUCUGAAUCGAGCAAGCAAAGAUCAGUAUGUUAUCGACAAGUUACUUCCAAUAACGUUGCUUGAAGGAUUCGAGGGAUUUUUACUGGUAGCAGGUUCAUUAUUCAUGAUUAGUUUUAUUAAUCCAUAUGUUUUUCUUGUACUUAUCUUAUUAACACCAGUGGUUUGGUUGACAAUUACUUUUUUCCUAAGAUGUUCACGUCGAUUUAAACGACUUGAAAGUAUCACUCGUAGUCCUGUCUAUGCACUCUUUUCAUCAUCGUUGAAUGGUCUACCAACAAUUCGUUCAUUACAAGUUUUUAUAAAUGUUCGCGAUCAUACAAAAUCGCCAGCUGCUGCACUCAGUUUAACAUAUACACUUUAUAUAGCAUUAUUGUUCAAUUGGGCCGUUCGACAAUUGUCCGAAGUUAAUAUAAUGAUGAUAAGUGGCGAACGUAUCGAUGAGUAUUCACAUUUGCCAUGUGAAGAGAAUGAAGGUGGUCAUAAAGCUCGUGUACAAACUUCACCAAAAUGGCCAACUCAUGGAAAAAUUGAAUUUAGAAAUUAUUCAUUACGUCAUCGACUGAACUUACCCUAUGCUAUUAGAAAUAUUAACUUGGACAUAGAGUCUGGACAGAAGAUUGGAAUUAUUGGUCGGACUGAUUUUGGAACCCUUCGAUAUAAUCUUGAUCCAUUGAAUAAUUAUUCUGAUGAAGAAUGUUGGAUAGCACUUGAAGAUGUUCAACGUAAACCAUAUGUGAGCAAUCAUGCAUUAGGUCUUCUAAUGCCUAUUGGUGAAUCGGGUAAAACGUUGAGUACUGGUCCAUGUCAAUUUCUAUUGAAUAUUGUAUUUUGUUGA